AAGAAUUGAAAGUCAAAAUUGGCAAUUGGCAUUCGACGACCACGCCUUUCAUCUAGACUACCCACGUAAAUCUGCCACCCCCUCGCCCAUUCCCGUCGUCGCUCCGGCGUGCCCUUACCCCGGAGGAAUCCAUGACCGUCGUUGCUGAGGUGUCAACCACAUGCCAGGCGGAAGAAUGAGAAAGAAAUCUAAUACUAGAAGAAUUAACUCCCUACCUCAACAACCUUCAAUGGCUUCUUCCUCUCCUUUUCUUCUCCAUUACAGAAAGAUCUCCGUCCUUGUCUUUUUAAUCCUAGUUGUUUGUUUAGUAGUUUUUUUAAAUACUUCAUCGACAAAGGAAGGCGGGUUUCAAUACGAUGUCCCGUCUAAUCAGCUUUACACUGUCGAAGUGGUCAAUGAGUUCCCUCACGAUCCUGGCGCUUUCACUCAGGGACUGCUGUAUGCAGAAAAUGAUACCCUAUUUGAGUCUACUGGAAUGAAUGGGGCUUCAUCUGUUCGGAAGGUCACUCUGCAGACUGGCGAGGUUAAGGCUAUCCAGAAAAUGCAGUACUCUGACUUUGGGGAGGGCUUAACUCUUCUUGGUGAUAGGUUGAUUCAAGUAACUUGGCGGCAGAGUACUGGUUACAUAUAUGAUCGGCAUAAUCUGAGCAAAUUUGAGAAGUUCAGCCAUGGUAUGCCCGAUGGUUGGGGAUUGGCAACUGAUGGGAAAGUCCUUUUUGGAAGUGAUGGAUCUUCUACCCUGUAUCAAAUUGACCCUCAAACUAUGAAAGUAGUUAAAAAAAAAUUUGUAAACUAUCAAGGUGAUGAAGUGCACAGAUUGAAUGAACUAGAGUAUGUUUAUGAUGAAGUUUGGGCAAAUGUUUGGAUGACUGACUGUAUAGCUAGAAUAUCACAUAAAGAUGGCUCAGUGCUUGGAUGGAUUCUCCUCCACAAUUUGAGAGAAGGAUUGCUACACAAUUUGAAGCAAAUUGAUGUCUUAAAUGGCAUAGCAUGGGAUAGGGAUGGCGACCGUCUUUUUGUCACAGGCAAAUGGUGGCCGAAGCUUUAUGAGAUUAAGUUGCAUCCGUUGAAGACACCAUUCAACGGAGACAUUAAGCAGAUCUGCAUGCCCCCGGCAUUUCCUUUUUCAUAGUCUCCACUGUGGAUAUUCUUCUGCAGAUUCUGAAUUAUUGUGUUAGUACAUGACCAGAGGCGGCUUAACCCCCGAGCCACUAAAGCGGUCCCUUUAGGCCUCACAAAAUUAGAGGCCCCAAAAGCUAUUCUUCUUAUAUGUAAUUUAAAUAUUUAUUGUACUUAUUAUGUUGUCUUUUUCUUUUUGGUGGUAGUUGGUUGAGAAAAAUCUAAUGAAAGUGAAAGGCAAUUAAAUCUACACUUACUUUCUAAUUCUUCAAAUUCCAACUUGAACUUUCCUUUGUAAGA